UCCAGUAAAAACAUUUUGUGUAUUUACAAGCUUAUUUAUGGGGUUGGCCUUCGAACUCUCAGAAAGUUGUUCAUGGACAUCAAUCCAAAUUGGUCUAAUCAACCAUCUGAUGCAGCCACAUUUGACAAGGGAAAAAUGAAGCUUUCUAAAGACGAACAAGUCAGCUUCAACAAGGGAAACAUCAAAGAAUGGGACUUCUCAUUGAUGACUACUGCGCUGCUCUACUCACAAAGCUGUGUCGUGGAAAUUGUCCAAAGACCAGGCCAUGAAACUGCCCUGAAAGAGCUAAAGAAAUGCCGUAACAAACUGCUUGGACAUCCAUCUACAGAUGCGAUGUCAGAUGCAGAUUUCAGUUACUACUGGCCCUUGCUGUCGAAACACUUUAUCACACUCGGAGCAGACCCUAAAGUCAUUUCUGAGAUGGAAUUUAGAAGAGCCACAGACCUUAUUGGAGCAGACUAUUACAUGAACCUUUUCCUCUCCGAACGAGAUAGUCACCUUCGUUGUGAACAGAAACUGGACGAUAUUAGUGAAAAAUUAGACGUCGUCAUAGCAAAUCAGGCACGUUUGAGGAAUCAAAAAACCAUCAUUAGUCAAGGUGACGAGAGUAGUCCUGAGUGGGAUGAAUGGCUGAGAUUUUGUUGCGCAGUUGAUGACUUUGAUUCCCAGAAAAAUCAGUACAUUCUUGCCAUCGAUACUGUGCCAAAUGCAGAAAUAAAGUGCUAUUCUAAUUUGAAAAGUGUCGCUUGGAAAAUGAUACUGGAUUUUGAUCUCAUGUCAGAAGAAGAAGGCUUCUAUCACGAGUUUACAUCUAAAGAAGAGCAAAUGAGUAACCUGGUAAGCAUGUUUACUCCUGCAGAGUUGAAACAAAGUACCAUGCGAAGUUUGGUAGGGCAGAUCGAUCCAAGAAAAACUCAGUGGUUGUUUGUUAAAGGAAGGGCUGGUGACGAUGACGACCGAAAAUGUGAAGAAUUUUCUAAUUGGGAAGCCACGGCAGUGAAAGACAUAAACAGUCUGCUUCGAUGUUGUUCGGAUCCAGACACGUUUGACGAGUUAAAGCCAGUCAUAUGCCUUAUCCUCCCCUUCACUCAGUGCAGCCAACCCUUUCUACAAGUAACAAUGAGUCGUUUGAUCGAAAACUUUAACAAGCACAAACUGACGUUCGUGUCUGUUAACAACGAGAGUUUGCCUGAUCUUUGCGAUUAUUCCAGUAUUCAAGCCUUCCAUUUGUGCCCUAGGAUUCUUGAUCUAGGGUUAAGAGAGAUACUCGGAACGUCUACGGAUCAGAAGCUGCGAAUGCCUACGUCCCAUGCUGGAGUUACAGUACACCUUAGUCGACGACAGUAUCUCUACAUCAAAGAGUAUCUGGAAGUCUUGUACUUAGGGUGUGAAGAUCUACCGGAAGAUGCUAUUAACCCCUCGGAAUCUUUGGAACAAGUAGAAAGACACUUGGAAGAGCAAAGAAAAUCAUUCUUGUCAGGAAAUGAAAUAUCGUUUGCCAGUCUCUAUGACAAUCACGAUGCGAGAAGACAGCUUGAGAGAGAUAUCCAAGUUCACGUUCAGCGACUCUUGGAUCAAGGCCUAUUUCGUCCCAUCACCGUGGAAAUUCGACAUUCUCCAGGCACAGGUGCCACCACUAUCGCCCGUCGUGUUCUUUGGAAUCUGCAUAGUGCAUACCCAUGCCUGAUAACCGAUGUUGACUCUCACCGCUCUUCGGAUGAAGACAACGACUUUGCAAGCAAGCUAUCAGAACGAAUAUCCUCGAUCGAAGAAAUUUGCAAUACACCUCCAUUGAUUCUUAUAGAUGGAAAGAAAUCAGGCUCCAUAGAGGGCCUCUCUAACAAGCUUUCACGAAUACUUCAAAGUAAAGGAAAAAGAGCCCUCUUAUUACGGUGUAUUCGAGGGAUGAAAGAAUCGAAGAAAGCACAGGAGUCAUCUCAUGUUCAUAAAGUGUUUCAUGUCAAUGUCAAACUGGAGGAGUCCGUCACUGAUCUGCAUGAAUUCAAGUCCAAGUAUAAGGAGUACCUAGACUCGGUCGAUAAGUCACUGAACGGUGGACUGAUUUUAUCUGGCCUUUGUCGUGUUUUCCAUUUUCCUCUCCUGGCCAUGAUGCAGGUAUUCCGUCCUAAACUAGAGAAGAUCAUCGAAGACACCCUCAAUGAGCUGGGAGGAAUUCAGCAAGAGAUUGCCGCGGUAGUAGCCUUCUUACAAAAGUAUGCUAACCUUCCAACUCCGGCCAUUCUCCUACACGAAGCUUUCAAGCAGUUCAUUCGCCUAGCAGAUGAGAACACUGCCACUUAUGAUGAUAUCAAGCAGUUGUUUUCAGAUUAUCUGAUGAAUCUAAUGAUACCCACGAAACCAACACCAUCCGGAAAGGAAAAUCCACCGGAAAGCUAUACAUUCCAGCAUCCGUUAGUCGCAGACCUAAUCCUUAAGAGAGUGUAUCAAGAGCAGAAACGCGACCUUUUUCAGAUUGUCGAACGAUUUCUUCAAUUUCCCAUAUAUCAGCAAGAAACUCUUCUACCCCUUUUAAAUGAACUUUUCAUCUACAACAAGGUCAGGCAAGGUCAAACGGAGAAGCUCAAGUUCUCCAUUCUAUUCGAAGAAUUGAAGAGUACGGAUUCAGAUCGAGCAGCAGACAUCUUUUGUAAAGCUGCUGAACAGAUCAAUCAGCCAGUGAUGUAUGCGAAUGCAGCACGAUUUUGUGCAAGAAAGGAUCCCCCAUCAUUCCCAAAAGCGAAAGAACUAAUUCAACGUGCUUUGAAGGUCCAUGAUUGUGCAGCAUCUAAAGCUGGAUACAAAAACUUGUGCCAUACUAAAGGUGUCGUUCUCUAUUUUGAACUCAAGCACAAGAUCAAUUCCGGCGAGGUCCACAAUCUUGAACAAUUGGAAGAAAUGGCCAGUAAAGUUCUUGAAGCACAUCGUGAAGCACGCAAUUUUCCUCCAACUUACCCACACCCUCUUAUUGGCGAAGUUGAGGUGUGGCUUGAGUGCAUCACAUGGAUCAUGAGGAACAUGUGCGAGAAUGACACUCAAGAGACCUUGCGUUUUGUGACAACUUUGUCUCCUCCUUUUUUUCGGACAUGUUUAAGUGACUCUUUCCACCUUCUAGACGUUGUUGAUGGUAUUGUUCAAAGCGUGUCCCAACUUGCUGAUCCUGAGGAAACCAAAAGGUUGUCUAACAAUUUGAGGUUAUCCCUUAUGAAAACGUUUCGCUCAAUAUCUCAUCUUCCUGGUAGACCAAAAGCCGACGAAGAUAUCGUUCAAGCUUGUAAAGCAAUUUGCACCACGAAGAAUUUCCGAGAGUCGUCAAAGUUGGAGCUUAAACGACUUCAAGUCCACUUCCUUUUGACACACACCGAGGCAGUCCACAAUUUCAAACAAGAAAAUCUUGAAUACCUGCUGAAACUCCUUGAAGAACUCGUUCUCAAAGAAAACGAGUACAGCCUCGCUCAUCAUUUGAUAAAAGUAUGCAUGCUAGUGAAAGGAACAAGAUGUUACACUCUCCAGCAUGGUCUGAGUGUCUGUGACAAGUGGUUGUCGGUGGCGGGCCACGACUGCCUCCCAUCCUUUUACCAGAUGGUUAUCUGUUUCCUACAAAUUUUGGAUGGAAACACUCUAGAUUUUAUGCCGAAGUAUAUCCAAGCCUUGCAAAAGUGCCGAGAGAAAUCUCAGAACCAUCUGAAGAAAUUUUAUGCUACAUUAUAUGUGGGCAAGGAGGGACAUGGUAUGUCUCGCUUCAUCAGCCGCAAUGCAUUGCUUCGUGGAGAGACGAACUACUCUCCCGACAAUUUUCAAAAAGUUUCUAAAUUUUGGCAGGUGGAGAGUAGAACGAAACUGAAAGAGUGUAAAGGAAGAAUCAGAGAGAAGGAAUCAAGUCGUGGAAAGUCGCAUUUUUGCAUCGAGCUAGUGCAAGGUAAUCUUGAACUCUAUGUUGGCAAGAACGCUGACAUCGGCAAAGUGCAGAUGGAUUUUACACCAGGAGCUUUGGUGUAUUUUGUUGUCAGUUUUAAUCUUCAGGGUCCUGUUGCCAAUGGCAUAACAUUUUCGCCACAGGAUUCACUAAACGAGUAUUGAGAAAGACUGUUUGGCACUUCAACAGUGUCUCGUUCAAACGACCAUUGGGAACAUUUAUGAAAAUUUUACAGUCGGAUUCUAUUAAAGACUUCGGUUGCUCGCUCUGUGUGAGGCAGAACAAUGACAUACAAUGACAUUUUCAAUCACUUUUCAAUAGAAAACAAGCUGUAAAUUUUUUAUGAACCCUUUUCAUUGCUACGCAUAUCUUAGAUACUGUCUUCAUCAAUCUAAUUUCGUUACAAAUCAUGUCGUUGAUCGACUUGUGAUCUGUUUUCGUUGUGCGAAAAUAAGAUUAGGCAAAAUCUAUAUACGUCUAAACAAACCACCAUGUGGUUCUAAAAUUCUCUUUCCGGCUAUGAAGCCUUUAGAUGAGCUUUUUUAUAUGUCCUAUUUGAGAGUCGUAGAAUAAUAGUCCUAAAAAUUUAAAUCGCGGUAACGUUCGAAUGAUCUAAGAGUUCGUUAAGGUUGAUUCCUGGGCUGCCUUUGAUAGCCUGAGGAGGUGCCAUUGAAAAUGUUUGGCCUCGAAUCUUGGAAAGAUAUCUUAAAACUGUUUAUUGUUAGGUCAAAUGAUAAGUCAAAAGAAAUCUAUGGGCACCAAAACGGUUAACAAAAGAUUUAAAUAUUCAUCUAUGUCGUUAUUUUGGGAACUAUGUAGUUUAUAUGGUUAUUCAGACAUUUGUAUGUCAUAACCCAGUAAUGUAUAAGUUUGAUGAUUAAAAAAAAAAA